GCCAUGUGCAGACGCCUCCACACCAGAUGAGUGGUGCCAGUGGCGGCACAUACGGCAAUGUUCCACGCCUCCAUCACUGCAAUGUGCACUCCUUCCUUUGUUCCAAUCCACCUCUCCAUCAUCAGUACCAGAUGAACGGAGGAUGCCUUGGGCCCCAGCACCACUACGCGCCUAUGGUGCCCCCGGGACAUCACGCUGCCGGCCCUCUCCUGGCCCCACCUGGAACCCCCCAGCUGAUGGCUGCCACACCUCAGCCCCCUCAUACUCACACCUCCCUGUACAGCCAAGCCCCCAUGGGAGUGGCUCCUCCUCAGGCCGUACCCACCCAACUCACUGCUGUUCCUGGACAGCUCUCGGCCGCACCACAGAGUCUGGGAGUGGGAGUACCCCCCCAGUUUCUGGUUACCCCCUUCCCUGCUCAUACUCACCUGCAUCAACUUCAUCAUUUACAUGCCAGCAGCGGGAGUGGCGGAGGAGCACGGGGAGCAAGUGUUGACAUGUUGGGCCGUGGCCUUUACCGAGGACCAGGACAAGGCCAUGUCUUGGGCCGAAUGAGAGGACCACGGGGAAGCAGUGGGAGCAGUUUGGGAAGCACCAGACGCAGUAGUUCCAGCUGGCGAGGGAAUACCAUGCCCCCAGCGGCCCCUCCACCUCCACCCCCUCCUCCACUUCCUAGUGCUGCUGCUGCGGCGGCUACUUACCCUGGCAUUCUCUUACAUUUCUUGGCAAUGUUGUCGCAUCCAUCACUACACCAGUACAGUAUGGUAGACCCAGUGCCAGCAGAAGCCCCCGACACGGAGAACUACGAGGCUUUACUACAUCUGGCAGAGAGGCUGGGUGAGGCCAAACCCAGAGGCCUUUUGAAAACAGUGAUUGACCAACUCCCGUCCUAUAGGUAUACAGGGGAGAAGUCUGACACUAAACAAACCACAUGUGUGAUUUGCAUGUGUGACUUCGAGCUUCGGCAGAUGUUACGAGUAUUACCGUGUCUCCACGAGUUCCACACCAAAUGUGUCGACAAGUGGCUCAAGGAGGGUGGCGUGCCUUGUGCCGUGUACCACUGCUGGCUGCUUGCAUGCUUGCAGUAUCAUGAUGAUGGCCUUUUUGGUGCCUGCAGUCUAACCGGACUUGUCCUAUUUGCCGUGGAGAUGCCAGCGAAUUUCUUAAAGAGGCCACCAGUGCUGAGUGAAGCAGGAUGAAUCCAACAUCGGAAAAACUACAGAAAACAUAAAGAGGAAGAGGACGUGCUGAGUAACGGUGAGUCUCAGUCCAUUGUGGAGUUGCUUGCUUCACAGAUCCAUCCCCAAGCAGCAGGAGGCAUAUGUGCAAUGGGUGCCUGGUUGCCAGAAGGAGGCUUGCCAAGGCCCAGUGCCUCCAGGAAGAGAAUUUUUUCUCAACUCCAUUCUUGCACUUAAGAGAGAGGUUUAUAUCGGGAGCUUCAUCAAAGGAGAUUAAACAAGCCUGGCUAUCAGGAAUCAUUUAUCAAAAGAAAUCAUUAAAAUAAAAAAAAAGAGUUAAAAAAUCUAUGCACAUCUUUUGGAGGUAUGAAUGUGGGCACAGAAUGAGAGAGAGAGAGAGUUACCAGCAUUACUACAGGUGUUUGGAUACUAUAUUUUAAGAUUAUAAGUCUGAGGGAGAGAGAAAGAAAAAAGAAAGGAGAGUUUCAUUGUUUAAGGCCAAUUCAAGUUGCACUUCAAGAGUACUGCGGUGGAGGAUUUUAGGCUAACUGCAAGGGUGUGAAGAAGCUAGUACGCUUUCGAGCAAUUAGAAAAAAAAACAAAAAAACUCCCAAACAUUCACUUUAAUGCCAGUCUCUACUGAGUUGAAAAUUCCCCUCCCCCCAAAGCCAGAUGUGCGCACACGUGGUAACGUCGAAGCACGCAUCUCCGAUUGUUGAGAGGACAGUCGUUAGCGUUCCCUUGUUGUUCUGUCCGAGGCUUUGUUCGUCUAGGGCUCCGCGGGAGUUUCUGUUGUUAGCUGUCCAUUUUCUGUGUUUGCCUUCAUGUGAAGAGGCUGUGUCUGCAACAUUAGUCCUUGACCCAUGGUGUCUUAGAUUUUGCCAGGGAGUUUUUUCUCAUUUUUGUGUUGUGCAUGAAAACAUAAUGGAUAUAAUGUUUUUUCUUAGACCCAUAUUGUUGUGCUAUGCAGUAUAUAAUAAUCCCUCUUGAUGAGGCUUAUUUCUUACUGGCAGAGAAAGUAGGAUAACGUGUGAUAUUGUGGUCAAAAAGCUUAAUCAACUCCAAGAAAACAGGCG